AUGGGUCUUAGCUUACAGUGGAGAAAAUGGAUGGAUGAAUGUCUCAGAUCUGCAACAAUUCCAGUUCUCAUUAAUGGCAUCCCCACAGAUGAAUUUCAGGAAAUUUUGCAUCUGUUUGAAUUAAGUUCUGGUAUGAAAGUUAACUUCCAUAAAAGCCGUCUAUUUAGAAUUAAAACUUUGGAAUCCUGGUUGGAAGAAGCGGCGAGGGCUCUUAACUUCAAAGUGGGAUCGAUUCCAUUCAUAUAUUUAGGGUUAUCGGUUGGUGUUAAUCCAAAGAAUAUAUCUACUUGGGAUCUAGUUAUUGACAAGGUGAAAAAAGAUUAUCUAGAUAGAGGAGUCGCAAUUUAUCAAUUGGAGGUUGUGUUGUGA